CCUCUAGAAUAGAGAGAGAGAUGGGAGGGAAAGGAAAAAAGAGGAGAGAGAAAAAUUACCUAGCUGCUCACGGCGGACCGGCGAGACUUCCGCCGCCGCCUGAUCGUUCGAAGCAAGAUGAUGUUCCUUCUAAGCUCCGUAUUCUCAUGAACUACACUUCUCCGUCUCCUCACGAUUCUACUAAACAAGUCGUAGAGAAGAAGGAGAAGAUUAAGAAAUCCCAAGUAGAUGUUACUGCAACGGAGAGUGAGGGAGAUGAUAGUGUUUUGGAGAGGAAGAAGAAAAAGAGAAAGAGAAAUCAAAUGACGGAUCUUCGUUUCGAAAAUGAACUUGCGGAGUUGGAUGGUCGGUCUAAAAGGAAAGAGCGCAAGAAGAAGUAUUGGGAGGCCAAGAAGCAAAAGAAGAAUCAAGGAAAGACUGAAGAUACCCUCCGUGAAAACUUCCCCAAGCAUGAACAGAUAAGAUUUGGUGAUGUUGUGCAAGCUCCACCUAAGUUGGCUGUGGUUCCAAAGGCAAGAAAGUCUACUCUAAGUGCUUCCCAGGAGAGGCUGCGAUUAGAGGCCAUCGAUGCUUACAGAUCUCGCAAGGGAUGGAUCGCAAGACCAGGUGUUCCCAUUCCUGCCGUUGUCAUGCAAUAAGAUGGGCCAUGAAUGAAGUCUUUUUUGUAGUGCGACUUAUCUGCUGUUUUUUUUGUACGAGGUGGCUGUAAAAUAAUACAAUAUUGUGUCUUGUUCAUCAGAUUCUAAUAUGAUAGUUGAGUCAUCCAAA